AAGCCUCAGGUGAUCACACGAUAAAGAACGAUGAAUGCACCCUCUGCAGGCACGUGAGGGCACAGGGCGAUUUCAUGUGCAUCCAUGCCGUGGGUGGGUCAGGAGAGACGGCAAUGUGAGACAGAUGGUGGAUCUUAGGUCAGACAUCAGGACAUCGGCAGGACAGUAUGGAAUGUGAUGUGAUUAGGAUUCCGAAUUUCUACGAGACAGACAGCUGUGAAUUCGACUACGACAUUGACCGACGACGCACGAGCCUCCUCAGCUUUUUCGUCAACGACGCGAUGCACAGCAAGCGCAGAGGCGUGGUCCCACUGCUAUCCACCGGAGGCGGCGUCGCCCGGCACUUGCUCUUCUGCGGCUUGUGCAGUGGGUUCUGCAGAGCCAGAGCAACUAUAUCUACGGGCGGAGGCACGACGAACGUGUCCAUCGCCUCGACCUCCGUGCGCA